ACAUCAAAAGAUACUUUACAAGUACAGCUAGUCUUUAAUUUACAGUGGUAAUUAUUAAGAAUGUUUUAUAUAUGAAUUAAAAUUUAAAAGUUUAGAGGCAAAUUCAAGAGUACUUCAUGGUGGUCUAGUUAAUGUCAAACCUCUAGCGAUCAUCUACCUUCGUAGGCACAGUUUUAUGCAAUUUCUAAAAGGUUUAAGUAAAUUAAGCAAUGUGUCUAAACUUUGUACUGGAGAUCAUGUUUUCUUAUUUAAAUUCUAAUCUCUUGUGUUAUUGUUUAAUAAAUUUGGUAAGUCAUACUUGUUAAUGUUUUUAGUAUAGUGUAAUGUAACUCUAAAGAGCAGCAUUGUCUUUUUCAUUCGUGGAUGUCCACCUCCACUGAUUAAACUUAACUGUCCAUACCCUAAUUUUAUUUUUCUGUGGGUAGUUUAGAUUAGUUUGUUCUUUUGGAACCUUAGAAAAUAGAGGAAGGACAAAUGAAAAUAUGAAUAAGAAUUGAAAGGGGAAAAAAGUUAGUAAUAUUGAGCAUCUAGUACGUAAGAAAACACAAGACUUAAGCUGCAGCCAUCCCAUACCCAUGGCCUACAUGUGCCGUACCCGGAUACCACAUUGUACUCAAUUGUUUUUGCGUGCCGGGUAUGUGCUUUGCCAUACACGUACCAUACCAGACCCAGUACUCGUACCCCACCAUUUUUGGAGUACCCGUGCUUCGUGCUUCAUAGGUUACAAUUGAUAGGAUACUUAGAACGGAAGAAAGGUAGCAAGAUGCUGUGUGUAGGUUACCUACACAAAAUUGAACAGUGCCUGUAGAGACUUUUAGCAUGAUGGAAGUGUGAUCUAUAGACCUGGAAUUUGGGUUUUUUAGUGAAACACAAGGAAUAGGUGUCUUUUUCGUUGGGGAUUUCCCUGAAAAAAUCGUCUUGUCUUCCUCCAAUUCUUAUGAAAGAUAUUCAGUCCGUCAGAAUAGGAGUUAAAGACGGUAUUUAUGCUCGUCGUGUUCUUUAUAUGGAAAUCCGAGGCCAAGUGGCCAUUCCCUUGACUCGUACUAUUGAGAAUUUUACUCCACGCGAAGUUAAACAAUGCUUUCCUCCUUUUCCAAAGUAAUACUACUGACAUCAGUUUUGAAACCCUGGUGGUUUUCGUUGUUUUGCGCUUAAUUGACUUAUGACUCUAACUUUCUCUUCCUUUCAUGGUUUUUGAUCGGAGGUGGUUAAUCUCAAUACUGCAGACUUACCCUUUUCUGUCACACCCGCCCUGGCAGAGCUCAGGCUCCAUACGGGACGUGGUGUCAACAAGGACAUGAAAUUUGACGAAUACAAACAGCAAAUAGUAAAACAGUAUAAACAAAGAGAAGAUACUCUAACGUGUAUGGCUUCUUUUUUACUCAAAACUUAAACUAGCUGACUGGUAAUAGGUGGACCAAGGACCUCAAGCAGGAUCGAUCUUGAAUUCAAAAUAGAAUUUCAAGAGCUUCUGAGAGAGUUGAGACACUGAAUAGACUGGCCAAUUUUUCAAUCCAUGUGAAUAAGAGCUUUAGUGUAAGCUAUAUAGCAUUAUGCAUAUAAUUUCAGCUCAAAACAACUCAGCUCCUGAUACGGACCAAAUGUCAUUUUCUCUCUACUUGUAUGUCAGGAAGUCUUCAACCUCACCCUUUGUCGACUGGAAAAAUUUAAUGAUAGCUAUAUGGGGCUGUAAAAUAUGUCUCCCAUGGUAGUAGUCCUUUAUUUCUCUAUUGGAAGCCAUAAGUUCGACCUUGCGAUUUCUCUUGUAAGUUGAAUGCUCUAAAUUACUACAAAGAUGUUACACUUUAUUUAUACCAAAACUACAUUUGUACAGCUGUCUACAUAUGUUACAACCCUGGGUUCUUUGCAAACAUACACUUUAUUUAUACCAAAAUUACAGAUGUACAGCUGUCUACAUAUGUUACAACCUUGGGUACUGCCACCCCCAAACUAUCAAACCAGUCAAAAAGUCAGGAGCCAUGAAGUAGUCAGCAAACGUAUGUUGCUCCUCUGCAGCCUUCUUUGCCUACCAUCAGCAACCGUGUUGGCCUCCCAAUAGCAAAAACUGAGCUUGAGAAACUCAAACUCCUGUACAAGCUGAAGACAGUCCCGGAUCAGCGCUCGCAGUCAACCCGGACGGACGCCUUCCUGCACAAAACAGAAAAAGAAACUUGAAAUCAGUAUCCAAAUAUAAUUUUUUUAUAACCAAAAUGUAAAGCAAGCCUAAUCCUUCCCUCGCUGCCCAAAGCUCUGCUACUGCAUUUGAAUUAAGGCUAAUGGACUGUUGAAAAGCCUGACAAAAAAUCCGCCGUGGUUUUUGAAAAUCCCUUCAAUACCAGCCCUCCGCGGAUUACAAAUUGAGGAUCCAUCCACAUUAAGUUUCCAAUACCCAACAGGAGGGUGCCAUUUGAUCCAAAGAGUGUGGCAUAAACGAGGAAUGGGGGUAGAUGUAGCUGUGGCUGUGGUAGUGUACCUGAUGUACUUGCAACCUCCCUUCUAAAGUAGUACACAAAAGGCAAUUUCCAUACCUAUCAUUAUGGAAGCUAAGUUCUUCCGUUUUCUUAAGAUUGUGGGUGUUGGUUUCAAGGCUAGGGCUGAGUCAGAAGGCCGUCUCUUGUACCUAAAACUGGGAUACAGCCAUGAGGUUGAGUUGACAGUGCCUCCAGCUGUCCGUGUGUUUUGCUUCAAACCCAAUAUAGUUUGCUGCACUGGGAUUGACAAGCAAAGAGUGCAUCAAUUUGCUGCUGCUGUUCAUAGUUGUAAGCCUCCUGAAGUUUACAAAGGGAAGGGUAUAAUGUAUGUUGAUGAAGUCAUAAAAAAGAAACAAGGAAAGUAGUCAAAAUGAUUGCACAAUUGCAUGGUUUUCUUCUGCUUGGAGUGCUUUACCUUCAAUGUUGAGCAUCCACAACCACAUUCUCGCAAUUUAAGCUCCCUUUAUGUACUUCUAUUACUGCAUUUUCUUUUCAUUAGAGGCUUUGGAUUAAAUUUAAUUCAAGCUAUUAGUUUCAAUAA